AUGACAAAGAUGGCGACCUGUACUUUCAACGCACGGACGCUUGCAUCGGUAGCAUGUAUAGAAGACCUGAUGAUGCUAGCUAGGAAGAUCAAGUACGACGUCAUCGGACUGACCGAGACGAGAAGGCAUCGCGCUGUAAUUGAGACUGGAGAAGAACUGUUCCUUGGAACAUGCGACAGUAGAGGCGUAGGCGGUGUAGGAGCACUCGUCUACAUGCAAUUGGCCAUUAACAUUGGCAUUCGUACGAAAGCUUGA